CCAACCUCUUUUGCGCACGCGUUUUAAGAUAAGAUAGGUUUUUACUUGAACUAUUUAGGAAGGGAGAUGAGAGGAAGUGAUUCAUAAGGAGAUCUGUACUCUGAAGGCCAUACUGCUUUCUGGACAGAGUUACAAACUACCUUGAGAAUGGAAGCCCAAGAUAAAUUGCAGGUUAUCCUGCUUGGCACGACGGGGUCUGGUAAAAGUGCUUCAGGAAAUACCAUACUUGGUAAAAAGGUUUUUAAAUCUUAUGCAUCUACUCAGUCAGUCACAGUAUCAAACCAGACUGAAACAGCGAGGAUUCAUGGAAUGGAAGUCACAGUUGUGGACACUCCUGGAUGGCACUGUACUAAAAUCUCUGAGGAUGAGGUCGCAUCACAAAUAAAGGCAGCCACUGCGUCACUUAAUGGUCAUUAUGCUUUUCUCAUGGUCAUCCCCAUUGGUUCCUAUACAGCAAAAGAAAUGCAAAUGAUUCCACAGUUACGUAAAAUCCUAGGAGAAGAUUUUUUUACUCAUACUACAAUUCUGUUUUCAUUCCAUGAUAACCUUGAGUCAAAAUCCUUUGAUCAGUUUAUCACAGAAGAAGAGGGAGCACUGAAGAUUAUCAUUCAGUGCUGUGGAAAUCGAGUGUACACCUGGAACAACAAAGAUAGUUCAUCUGUGAAGAAUUUGAACAAGUUGUUAGAGGAUCUAAAAGAAACACAGGGAAUGAAUGAAAACUCUAAAGAGAGCUCCCAGAGUGAAAAGCAAGAUGAAAAAAUGAUCGUAAAACCAGAACAAGAUCAAGUCACAUCUGAUGAAACUAUAGGACAUUCAGAUGCACAUAUGAAGAGGCACAAGAAAGACACUACAGAACCAAUGGACAAGACAAGUGAAGAAGUCAGAGUUGUUGUCUUGGGAAUGGCUGGGGUAGGAAAGACCUCAACCAUUACCACACUUUUAGGAAAUGAUAAAAAAACUGAAAGGAGCCAAUCACCGAUUAAUAAAACCAGAAGGUCUGGGAUUCAUUUAGUGUUGAUUGAUUCUCCUGGCUUUAAGGAAGAAACAGAAGUGAAUGAUUCAGUCUCUCAGUCUUUGUCAUAUGCUGCUCCAGGGCCUCAUGUCAUUAUGAUUGUGAUCAGAGCGGGACAAGUUACCACAGAAAACCUCCAAAUAAUAGAUCGCAUACAUGCGUGUCUUCACAAAUCAAGAAAACAAACAAUGAUCCUGUUCUCUGGAAAGGAUUAUCUAGAAAACAAAGAUAUUGAAGAGUACAUUAAGGAGAAUCCAGAGAUUGAAAAUCUAGUAAAAUUGUACGGCAAAAGAUUUCAUGCACUGAAUAACAAGGAUGUCAAUGAUCAGACUCAAGUUAACCAACUGUUUGAAAAGAUUUCUGCAAUUUACCAUGAAAACUAUGGUCACUUCAUCAAAGAAAAGAGGAACGGUCCGGAUCACACAGAAGAAAAAAAGAAACGAGAAAAACUUAACGAUUUAAAGGAUGGCUUAAUGAUUUAAAAGAGAACUCAAGAAGUGCAAUACAACAUCGGGAAAAAAGAGAUGUGCUGGAAAAUGUUUAAUUUUAUCAUCUUUCCACACAUUCUUUUUCAUCUGAACACCAAUAUUUCUAUAAAAAUGUUGUGUUUGCAAAUAUGUAAUAUUCUCUUCAAUGAUACGUGUUAAUGUUAACUUGACAGGUAACAAAGAGCUGAAGACUAAGCAGUGUAAACAGAAGUGAGGAUAAUAAACAGCAAAAUAAAUAUUUCUGUGACAGUAGUGGAUGUACCAAGUAGGUUAGAAAUGAACAAAUACAGGCUCCUCGUGAUGAGGUGUUUGUUUUGCACAUUGUGUAACAAGUUCCUGACCAGAAUCACAGUGCUAUACUGAGCAUCCUAUGAUUUCAAAAUUUGAGACAAAACUUUUACACUUCUAUCUAUCAACUGUAAUCAUUACAAUCAAAUGUACUACACAGGGUAUAAAUGGCGUUAUUGUUAUUUAAAGACUAGACCUUCUUAACCUUUAAAAUAUCAUUUCCUCUUGCAAAUCUUGUUUUUGUACUUAAUGCAGUUUGUUUUGUCAUGUGAGUUUGUGAGAUGUUGGCCUAUUUUUAUCCAGCCUGUUAGUGUAUUUUCAUAAAUAUUUGAUUUAAUCACUUAUUCUUUUGACUUUUUAACUUAGUAUUUGAUAAAUUCAAUAAACAUGAGAUUUAAACUUAUUCAUUGUUUAAUUUACUUUUGUUACUAUCAACAAUUUAGGCAACUUUGGACGAGUCAAUCAUUGCACAGAAGUUUUAAAUGUCAUUAAAUUUCCUACCCCUAACCAUAACAGAAAACUUUGUUUUUUAAUUUUUUUAAAAACCUUAUGAAAACUGUACCCAGACAGUAUUUUCCGUUUCUUUAAUUAUGACUUUAUAAAGUG